AUAUUUUGUCACUCGAGCACUGACAACUUAUGAAGAUAAAAAUCCUAUGAGUGUCAUUGUUAUAAUUUAAAACAUGAAUGAUAAUGUACGCAGCGAUGAAAAAAUAUUCAUAUCCGACUUAAAUAGUGAUAAUGAAAUGACAUUGUUAGAGAGAAGUAAUACUAGUGAAGAUUUUAUCGACAAAGGAUGUUAUAAUGAUCAGCAACUAAUGGUACAAGAUGAGUUUGAAUUAGAUUAUGAAGCUGAACAAUUCGACUCCAUUAGUGAAGAUAAAGAAGAUGAAGACGAAGAUAACAUUACUAUUACAAUAAAUAAUGACAAAAAAACAGACUGUUCAACAGUAGCAUACGUUUGUAAUGAAGCAGAUAAUACAUAUAAUGUAACUAACUAUGAAAUAGAAUUAAAAAAUCGAAUUGACUUGAAGCGACUGCAUUCACAAUCUGAAGACUUACACCUUUUCUCGAUUCUAAAAGAAUAUAGAGACUUGAAACAACAAUACUACUUUCUGAAAAAUAUACCGAUUUCUGAAAGAAUAAACAUACCAAUAUUCUAUGAUUAUCAAAGUGAUAAAGUUAAACGUGUGAUAGUUGUGCCACAUAUUAUUUUAAAACCAACAAUAUAUAAGGUAAUUUACAAUCUUAUCAACACUCCAUGGCUUAUUAAACCUAAAUCAAAAGCAUUCAGAAUAUCGUCAGAUUAUAUACAAAAGUAUAUUGAACAAAUCAAUUCAAGCAAACUUUUUCGAUCAUCAAGCAAUCUGCAAUUAUGUCGUGGACAUAUUGCACUAUUAUCUACAUCUUAUUUCAAAAUUGGCCGAGCUAAGUGCUUAGCAGGACUAACAGUGGCAAUCUUCUGCAUCAAUAAUACGAACGAUGUAAAAUUAGUUGACUUCAUAACUACAAAUCAUGUAAAUAUCCACAAUUUCCAUCAUAACGAAGAUCAAUUAAGAGACCUUUUGGAAAAAUAUAAUGUUAUAAAAAUAUACUGUUGGCUUCCUAAUUAUGGAACAGUUCAUAACACACUUUACGGUAAUGUUUAUUGGUUUAAUGAAGUGUUAAUUGAUAUUCAACAUAACCGUCGCUUGUUCAAUUUAUACGAUAAAAUUAAUAUGGAAAAAAACUUUGAUACGACAACGCUUUGUGUGAAUUCUAUUAAGCACAGUGAAAGGUGUAGUUAUUGUAAUAUGAUGCGGUUAGCUAUAAAAAUUUUUAAUGAUGAAGAAGUAGACAGUUCAUUAUCUAUAAUCAACCGCCAGCCGAAUAUAAACAGUAAAAACAAAUUGAAAGAAUUGGUCUCAUUAAAUUCUCAAAAAAAUUUGCGUUAUCCACUGAAUGAAAACUCAAAUAAGUAUUGUAAGCCUGCAUUACAACUAACGCACCUAAAAGCGGCCACUCCUAUUGGACUCUAUCGCCCAACUUGUUCCCAAAUAACACAACGGUGGAAUAAAAAAUUAUCAAGUGCUAAGUGGCCAAAUUUUGACUGUCGAGGACGUAAUCGAUCAAAAUUAUUUGAUGAAGAAAUGAUUGCUGUUAAUAAAAAUUUUUCAAGAAGUCAUUUAUACCAACCAUAUCUUUUUUAUGGGAAUAACUACCAAUAUGCUCACAAUUCUUAUAACCAUUGAUAAAAUUGCUAAGAUAUUCCUGCUACAAGAUCAUUAAUGAUAAAAUUAAGGGAAAUUAAUUCGUUGCAUCCAAUAUGUAAAGUAAUAGUAUUAAUUAGACUGGCUAAAAAUCAAAUCUUCAUAUGUUU